UGGAAGCUUCGGGGGAUGGGGAUUUCAGUCGCCGAGGAAUUGGAGGGCGAGUGCUUGAGUCUCCUUUUGCAGGUGGGAGUUGUGCCAGGUUCGCGGCUCGAGGUGGUGGAGCUUGCUGUGUUGUCUGCUCUGGACUCUCUUUGGUUACGUGGUGAUCGAGAGCUAAAUCUCUUCGGCGCCACCGCACCACCUCCAACCUCACACCACGAGCAGGUGGAAUCGCAUGGGGUUCUAGGUUGAUCAAUGGAUUUGGGAGAUCCAAAGGGUUUGGAAAAAUGAAAAUAGGUAGGUUCAUUUUGGUUAGAUGUAAUUGUUGGACUGCUGAGUUUGUUUUCACAAUAUUCUCUUACUUUCAUGAGGUUACUCCAUUUGUCUCCCUUUCUAUUCUAUCCAAACCUGAUGCACUUAGAUGCUGGGUCAUAGCUUGAUGUCAGGUCAGGAGUUCUACUUGGAUUUGGAAAAGCUCCGGGGAUGUUCCAACAGAUUUUCAUUUAGAUUUGCAAUGAGCCACCCAAAAGAAUUGCUAAUUAGUUGCUACUGGGGAUGUUCAUCAAAUUUAGUUUUCGCGUGUAUAGAGCACUACUUUGAUUUGAUAUAUUGGCAAAGGUGAGAGUAAUCUCAAUUAGUUCGUAGCUAGACUCAUGUGUUACUUUAUGAUAAAACCCAGGAGCCGCAAUUGAAACUGUGCUCAUUUUGUGGUAUCUUAUAUACAGAUGUUUGAACAUAGUUUUUGCUUUUAAAAGGUG